ACAGACACUAUGACGUCACGUCUGCUACUCUGACGUCAUUGGAACACAUUGUUCCAGAGGACAUCGACACUGAAGUCUUGGAGAGUGUAUCCUAAUGAAUAUAUCUUCGUGAGACCAGUUGACCAGGAGAGAGGUUAUUCAUUUAAGGAAAACCAAACGAAACAGCAAGCAGCCCUUAUAGUAAAACAAUUGUGCUAUCGUCACAAAGAACUUAAUUCCUAGAAGCAAGCCAGCUGUCUCCUGUCGGUUAACGGGCUUUGUGCCAAAGCUUAAGAAAAGAAGUGACUAUUUUGGAGCAUUCGAUCUACAGAAAUAUGCUUUCUUGCAACUGCUAACUGAAGGAUUUGAUAUCCGUGUUGGAAAAGCUAAUUACCAAAAGUCUGUGACUCAAUCUCUACACCACAGCUGCCAUCGUUGCAUCCAAGACAACAGAAAAAUGCCAGCCAAUGAAAAAUAUCUGGAAUCUUCGGUCGAUGUUCCUCCUUGCCCAGUGAUUAAAUCCCUCAAUGACUUGAGAGAUUAUCGAAUAAUCACUCUGAACAAUGGCCUGAGAGCUUUGCUGAUCUCCGAUCUUCGAGACACCGAUGAAUACUCGGAGAUCACCUUUACCAGUGACACUGAGGAAUCAGAUGCCGAUUCUUUGCCCGACGAUGUACAAUCGGACACCGAUGAAAGUGAAAGUGAAGGCAACCCACGCAACAAACGAUGCAACAUCGGAAACAAGAAGAAGGCUGCUGCUGCCCUUUGUGUGGGUGUUGGUGGAAUGUCAGACCCUCCAGAUAUUCAAGGAUUGUCACACUUCCUGGAGCACAUGGUGUUCAUGGGAAGUAAGAAAUAUCCAAAAGAAAAUGAAUUUGAUGAUUUCCUUGCACGUCAUGGUGGAUACUCAAACGCUUGGACAGAUUACGAAGCCACGGUUUUUUACUUCAACGUCCAACAGAAGUUCUUUGAGAAGUCUUUGGAUAUGUUUGCUCAGUUCUUCAUCUCGCCCCUUAUGAGAGAGGACAGCGUCAACAGGGAGAUAAAAGCUGUCGACAGUGAAUUUGAAGAAGGACGUCCUGAUGAUGAUAAUCGGUCUGCUCGUCUAUUGGCCAAUCUCUGCAGAACCGGUCACCCAAUUGGGAAUUUUAUUGAAGGUAAUAUUACGUCACUUCGCACUGAUCCCAAUAAAGAUAACAUUGAUGUGUACAGCCGACUGAAGGAGUAUCACCAGAAGAUGUAUUCUGCCCAUUUUAUGACCCUUGCUGUCCAGUCAAAAGAAACCCUCGAUGUUCUCGAUGAAUGGGUCAGAGAAAUAUUCUCCCAUAUUCCAAAUAACAAUGAAGCUAAACCGACAUUCUUACACGAACCAUGUCCUUUUGAUACAGCAGAAUUCUCCAAGUUCUACCACGUUGUGUCAGUGAAAGACACCCACAAGGUCUCAUUGAACUGGGCUCUGACCCCUCUUCUUAAACAUUAUGAGUCCAAACCUUUAGAUUAUCUCUCUACGCUGUUCUUACACGAAGGUGCUGGAAGUAUUCUUUCUUAUUUGAAGAAACAGAUGUGGGCCCUGCACAUCGAAGGGGGAAACGCUACCAGUGGGUUUGAGUUCAAUUCUGUCUGGUCCUGUUUCUAUAUUGACAUUAUUCUCACAGAUUCUGGAGUCAAUCACGUCUACGAGGUCCUAACUGUGGUGUUCCAAUACCUGGAAAUGGUGAAAAAGAAAGGACUACUGAAAUAUAUUUAUGAUGAAGAAAAAGCUAUUCAAGACAUGAAGUUUCGCUGGCAGGAAAAGGGUUCCUCGGUUGACUACGUGGAACGACUGAGUGAGAAUAUGCAGGUGUACAACAAGGAGCACUUUUUGACCGGAGACUGUCUUCUCUUUCAGUAUAAUGAAGAGCUCAUCAAAUCCUGUUUGGAUCAACUGACUCCUGCCAAAACCAAUGUCAUCUUAUUGACCAAAAAAGACUCCGGCCUUUGCACCAAAGAGGAGAAAUGGUAUGGCACUAAAUAUUAUGAUACAGAUUUUGACCCGGAAUGGUUAGCAAAAUGGCAGAACUUGCAAUUGAACCCAGAACUGUAUCUACCGGAGCCCAACAAGUACCUCGCAAAGGACUUUUCUUUGAAAGAUGUUCCACCAGAACAGAAAGAUAAGAGUCCAUUUUUGAUCAUGGAGAAUGAGAAAUGUAAAUUAUGGUACAAGAAAGACACCAAGUUUAAUAUCCCAAAAGUCCAAACAUUCUUUAAACUGAUGAGUCCAGUGAUUGGGGAGUCACUAGAAAGUUCCAUCCUCUUUGAACUGUUCAUUGAUGUUCUCCUGCAGAAGUUGGCAGAACCAACCUACCAUGCCAUCGAAGCUGAUCUCAGCUACUCCCUCACAGACAAGAAAACUGGACUGGUUAUCUUGGUGAAAGGAUUCAACGACAAAAUACCUGAAUUAUUCCAAACCAUUGUCGAUGAAUUGGCAAACUUUGAAUUCAGUGAUGAACUUUUUGAAGUCUGUAAAUCACAGCUGCAGAAGGAUUACUAUAAUUCUAUGAUUAAACCAUAUAAUGCUGCUUGUGGCCUUAUGUUGGCUGUUAUCAUGGACAAGUUCUAUUCUCUCCCAAAUAAAUACUGUGAACUGCCUAAAUUGCAGCCAGGGAUGUUAAGAAAUUGGUACCAACAGUUCCGGCGCCAGAUAUACUAUGAGGGUUUGGUCAUCGGCAAUAUGACUACAGAGACUGCUAAAGGCAUGAUGGGAUAUCUUGUGGAUAAGAUGAAUGCUAACGCUCACAAGGAAGAUUGUUUUCAAAAUUGUCUGCUGCAAUUACCAAUUGGUCAGUUCUGUUGCCAAGUCCAGAGUUUCAACCAGGACAGCACCCACUCUACCAUCCUGAUGUAUUACCAAGUUGAUCCUGGCAGCAUCUUUACCAGUUGUCUUAACGAGAUGCUGGUGACUCGCAUGUAUGAGCCCCUCUUUGAUAUUCUGCGGACCAAACACCAACUCGGUUACAGUGUUUCUGUUUCCGAAGAAGUUCGCAGAGGAAUUCUUGGAUUCUCUAUUGUCAUUGAAUUUCAAGCACACAAGUACAGCCCUGAACUUGUCAAUAAUAAAGCCUAUUCUUUCAUAAAGGAUUUUGUUGAUAUGAUGGUUAAUUUGACAACAGAAGAGUUCCAGUCAUUGAAAGAAAGUUUGAUCACAGCCAAAAAAUGUGAAGACACGAAACUAGCAGAGGAAGCGAGAAGACACUGGCACGAAAUCUUCUACCAAAUUUAUGUGUUUAAUCGUCUGGAGAAAGAGGUUGAAGCCUUACAUCGUAUCACCUACGACGACUUUAUCAAUUAUGUCAAGAAGUGUUUACUCAACGAAUGCAGAGUGGUCAGUCUGCAGGUUAUUGGCAAGAAAUCAAUUAAGAAGAAGAAGAAGAAGAACAAGAAGAAUGAUGCCUCAUCAAAUGUGGAAACGAACCCUGAAGCAUCAGGGGACACAACAUUGGUGCAAGGCAUUCAGUCUGCCUAUACCAUGUUGGCCUGCAACUGUGCACCGUCUCCGACAGAAGCUAAAUGUAUUAAAAUUACAAAUAUUGACGAAUUUAAGGAGACUCUCACUAAAUUACCAAACCAUAAAAUUCAACCUUAAAUUAUUAGCUUUGCUUUUUUUGCUUUUUUUUUUCCCACCUCCAAACCUUUUGAAUUAAAUUUCCAAGAUUUUUAUUUAAAUUCGAAAACAUCCACCCACACCAAUAAAAUUUU